AUGGCAGAUUCAGUGGCCCAGACAGAGCAUGGCUAUGACCAUGAUAAUUUGCGCCAUGUGGUGAUUACUGCCACUUGUUUCGCCUUCAUUUUGUCCACUACUGCUGUUGGGUUCCGCAUAAUUUCUCGGGGCCUCAAUGGAAGUGGUCUCUUUGCUGAUGAUUGGCUGAUCAUCUUUGCAUUGCUGUUCGAGUAUGGAUUAGCCGUAGCUGGCGUUGUGAUGCUCUACAAUGGACUCGGAACACAUAUUAUCUAUCUUAGUCCCGAACAAAUUGUCACUUAUCUCAAGGUGCGACAACAUCCCAUUCACAGCGAGAUCAGUCAUGGACUGACCAACCCAAAGACCCUAUUUACAGGCUCUAUCCUCUACACCGGCUGCAUUGCAUGCAUCAAACUCUCCAUUCUUAUGCUAUACCGACGUUUAUUCCCUGUCAAGUCGAUGAAAUACGCUGUCAAUAUCGUGGGCAUGGUUGUUAUUCUAUGGGCCGCCUGUGGUAUUCUCGCCGGAUGCUUCAUUUGCAUCCCAACCGAGAAGCUCUGGCAUCCCAUGAUGCAAGGUGGCUGCAUGAACCUGUCCAAGUUCUACUAUGGACUUCAGAUUCCCAACAUCGCCACUGACGCUAUCAUCCUGAUUAUGCCCAUGCACAUUGUAUGGAACCUUCCAAUCUCCAAGGCACAGAAGGUCGGCCUGUCUGGUAUUUUCGUCCUGGGAUUUUUAACCCUGAUUUUCGACAUCAUCCGCCUAGUCGUCCUAGUCCAGCUAUCCAAAAAAGGCACCGACGUCACAUACGACCAAGUCCCAGCCAGCGUCUGGACAUGCAUUGAGCCGGCAGUCGGAAUCGUUGCCGCCUGUCUCUCCAACAUGCGACCCUUAUUCAAGCUCAUCCAUACCAAGGUCUGGACCAAGCUAUCUAGCCGAUAUGCCUCGAACACGAGCAGUACUAGCCAGUCUACGAUGAUGGACUCUGUCACUGGCCAUGAGAAGAGUGGGUGGGCGCGUCAGACUCCUAGUCCUGAUGCCAGGAAGCAGCUUUCUCCCAGUCCUAGCGGUGAUUCGGUUGGCUCGCCUGUUCAGUCGCCAACUCGUUCACACGAGCAAGCGCCUGCUCGUGCUGAAUCGGCUGUCUAG